GGCCGCAAAAGCAGCGCACGAAAAAGCCAACUAUUGUCAUGGCCUUCGAUGGUUUCGUCCGACUUUUCUCUUGGCUAUCCCGGCACUUGGUUUUCAGCCAUCGUCGGUAACGGUCGCGCGCAACGGAUAACAGACUUAAAGCCACGAAAUUAAGUGCCAGUCCAAGGAUAUCCGUCGCUUCGGUUUCGUUUCAUCUUUUAAGCAUGUUUAACACAACAUCCUGGAAGUCGAUAGUUAGUUUCGGCGUUAUCCUUACAGUCUGCGUGACCCAGGGCAACGGGGCGUAUACUCGUGAAAUUGUGAACGACAAACUGCCGUUGCAGGAGAGACCUCCAUGGCUGCAGACAUGCAAACGAUCUAAUCCCAAUGAGGACAAGUGCUUUCGGCAGCUCUUUGAGGGAUGCUUUCCGGCACUGGCCGCAGGAAUUCCCGAGAUCGGUGUGAAGAGCUUUGAACCCCUGAACAUUGACCAGGUUUCGGUGUCCAAAGGCAGUGGCAACCUGGUGCUGUCCGGCGGAUUUCAAGAUCUAGUAAUCCGUGGACCAUCAAACGCGACUGUGCGCCGUGCCAGCUUGGAUCUGGAGCGGCGUCUGCUAAACUUCGAGCUGGAACUUCCAAGGCUAAGAAUCCGGGCCAAAUACAACCUAAAGGGAAAUAUUCUGCUUCUCCCACUCAUCGGCAAUGGAGAUGUGGCCAUGGCGCUGAAGAAUGUUCACACGACGGUAUACACAAGGAUCUCCCUGAGGAAUGAAACCCGCACCGGUGACGAGAUAAUCCACAUCGAUGAAAUGAAAGUGGGCUUUGAUGUGGGCGCUAUGCGCAUCCAUCUUAAGAAUCUUUUCAAUGGGAAUGACAUCCUGGCGGCCUCUAUCAAUUCGUUUCUAAACCAGAAUGGCAAAGAAGUUAUAGCAGAACUGCGUCCAGAUUUGGAACUGGGAUUGGCUGACAUUUUCCACGGCCUGUGGAACAACGUCUUUUCCAAAAUGCCUACCAAACUUUGGUUGGUUUAGUGAUCCCAUGGACCUAAUCCUCCGUUUAUGUAUUAUAUUCAUAAUUUAUUUCGCUUUUAAUUGUGUGCUUAUUUGUAGGCUAAUAUUUGUACUACGAUUAAAUCAAUAAGAUGAAAAA